AUGUCGAACACGCAGGACAUCAUGCCUACCAACGGCGGCGACAUUGCCGACCCCAUCGACGACCUUCAGAUGGAGGACAGGCUCGGCAACGACGGCGAGAUUAUCCCCCGAACCGAUGAGGAAUACGCCCAGGCCCAGCUCACACUGCGUGCCAUCGUCUCCUCUAAGGAGGCCGGUGUCAUUAUCGGCAAGGGCGGAAAGAAUGUUGCCGACCUUCGAGACGAGACUGGCGUCAAGGCUGGCGUCAGCAAGGUUGUCCAGGGCGUCCACAACCGCGUUCUGACCAUCACUGGUGGCUGUGAUGCCGUUGCCAGGGCUUACGCCAUUGUUGCCCGCGCUCUUCUCGAGGGCGCUCCCGCCAUGGGCAUGGGCGGCGUCGUCCAGAGCAACGGAACCCACCCCAUCAAGCUCCUCAUCUCGCACAACCAGAUGGGCACCAUCAUUGGUCGCCAGGGCCUCAAGAUCAAGCAUAUCCAGGACUCAUCGGGUGUCCGCAUGGUCGCCCAGAAGGAGAUGCUCCCUCAGUCCACUGAGCGCAUCGUCGAGGUCCAGGGCACCCCCGAGGGUAUCCAGCGUGCCCUCUGGGAAAUCUCCAAGUGCCUUGUCGACGACUGGCAGCGCGGUACCGGCACCGUCCUCUACAACCCUGCCGUGAGCACCCAGCCCGCUGGUACCACCGGCAUCAGUGGCGGAAUCAGCAGCAACACCACCAGGACCGAUUACACCUCUCCCCGCGUGAUGCGUACUGGCAACGGUGCCGACUUCAGUGACGGUGGCCGACCCUUCACCCGUCGCUCGGACUCGGACGCUGGCCUUCGCGGCCCCCCGACGCACGACGAGAAUGGCGAGGAGAUUCUCACCCAGAACAUCAGCAUCCCCGCUGACAUGGUUGGCUGCAUCAUCGGACGUGGCGGUACCAAGAUCAGCGAGAUUCGCAAGACUUCGGGUGCUCGCAUCUCGAUUGCCAAGGCACCGCACGAUGAGACUGGCGAGCGCAUGUUCACCAUCAUGGGCACUGCCAAGGCCAACGAGUCGGCCCUCUUCCUCCUCUACGAAAACCUCGAGGCCGAGAAGAUGCGCCGCAGCCAGGUGCAGGAGUCUGACUGA